GGAAGAAGAGAGGAGACAGCAGGAAGCAGGCGAAGGCUGACCGGGAUGAGUUGACCGACCAAAUCGGGAAAGGAUCAAACAGUUUUGAGAGCUCACAUGACGGAUGGAAAACAAAGAGGAUCUGAAUGACUGAUGGGCAUAAAUACUUGUGUGGACUAACAUGAUGACAUAAAUGAAGGAUCUAUGGAACUGUACAGCUCUACCAGUAACUAUCAUGGGUGAAAGUUGAGCGUCUAGAGCGAGUCUGCUUGAAUGCUUGCACUUACCCAAUAUCUGUGAGUUGUCUCUACUCAUGUGUGCGCAUGUGGUACCAUAGAGUCCAAUGGCGGAGUUGGACCCUGUCUCAGACUCUCAUGCCCUACUGGAAUCUAUGCUUCAGAAAUUACGACUGAACCCUCAGACCAACAGUAGCUCAGUCACUGAUAUGCAAACAUGCAGUCCGUCUGGAGAAUGUAAUGCUGAACCAGUGGAAGAUUCAUCUAAAACAACAAUUGAUCAGUUUGGGUUUUCUUCCAACAGUAAAGAGCAGGAUGGACGCGCCUCAGUCUGGAAUAAAUGGGCGAAACCUUGGACUCAACAAUCUUCUAAUUUUGGGGAUGCAUUGACUUCUGUUCCUAAACAACCUGUCAGAAGGAUCAGUAAGCACAACUCAGGAUUCUCUGGUAGACCUAAACGUCCACCAUUGAUUUGGGGGGAACACAAGCGCUUCACAUCAGAGAGGACGGGCGAUGUCACUUCCUGGGUUGGAGACGAUCAGAUGCCGGAGAAGAAGCAACAUUUUUCUCUGGAAGGGGAGACCAGCUCAAAUGUGCCACCUUUAUACAAAACAGAAUCCUUCCAAAACCCCCCUGAUCUUUUAGCUCCAACGCUAACAACAGCAUCUUCAGUGCUGGAAAAAACAGAGGUCAGAGGUCAAAGUGGCACAUGGAGUUGGCGUACUGGGACUGAGAGAAAUGAAAGCACCAGAUUUCAUGAGCAAUCAGGAAAUACGCCAAAGACAAGUAGAAAGAAGUGGGGGGAGGCUAAAAGGUGGGCUCAGAAUGUGAAAGAGAGAUGGAGAGAGAGACACAGAAACACACCGACCAGACAAAGAGAUGAUGGAGAAAGACAAGUGCAGAGUGAAGUACAAAGUAAUCGCUCUUCGUUAUUGGUGCCCAUCGAUGUGAACGACACACCUACAGCACUCACUGAGACUACAGAAAUCCAUCAUGAAGAGAUCAACACAGUGCUGGCUGAAGAUGGCCCUGGUUCACUAAGCUACAUGAGUGACAGUCUGUUCUCGUUUGGAACUACUUCUAAUUUAAUGGAGGAGAUCUUCAGCGGUACGGAGUGGGCUCGGUUUCUCUCAGUUAACUGCGGCAAACCGGAGCAAUCAAACGAGUUACCAAAUACUAAUAACCAAUCACAUGAAGAAGAAUUGCCAAGUAAAUGGACUCAUAAAGACCCAACCGAUUCCCAUUUAGGUUGGACACAACCGCCGCACCUAGAGAGCUUUGCACAAGACAUGGCCUCCGAUAAACAGACCGAGACGUCCCAAAUGAGUGUUACUGAUCUCCCCACAAAUCCACUACAAACUUCUGACCCGUUUAUAGAUCAGUCACAAAACAUCAAUCUGAACCCCAACAAAUCUCACAACAGUGAGCAAUCAAAUGGACAAUCACAGUUUUCCCAGCUUGAUCCGAAUGAAUCAAAGGCAACUGAGCAUAGUGAUCAACAGCCGACGUCUAAUCAAGUGUCCGGCCCCAGUCAUAACCAGCCACAAGGUGGGACGAAGGAUUUUAUUCCCCUCCUUGACCUUUCAAAUGUUAAGUCAAUGAAAAGAUUGUCCGUAACAUCCCACGGAUCUCUGAGCCGAAAAAGAGAGCACUGGACGAAAAGGAGGGCAUCGUUUGAACACACAACACAAGACAUGGAGGACGAGGCACAGCCUUCAAACCCUUCAGCCGCAACUUCCCUCAACUCGCUCCUGGACUCCGUCUCUCAAGACUCAGAGUCUUCUGAAACUUUGGAGACUGCGGUCAAAAAGAGGAGGAUGGAAGACACUCGAUGCGUUCGAUUCUCUGAGGAGGUUAUCAUCUUACCGCCCAGCUAUUUGCCAGAAUCUGAUGAUGAUAAUGAUGAUGAAGAAAAUGAUAACGACUGGCAAGAAGAACCUUCUCCCCGGCCUUCUUUCCCUAAGUUGAUUGUGUCUUUAAAAUCCAGAAGAGGAAAGUACAAAUUUUAACUCUCUUCACAUCUGACUCCACCUCUGAAAUUCUGCAGCUCACAUAAACAGAGACUGUACUUCCAAGAGACAAGAGCGACACAGAAAAUGAUCAUUAUUACAUUCUGGAAAAAAAAUCAUUUUAAUGAGACUGCCAUAUGCCAGCAUCAGUUUGAUACGCCAUUACAUUAAAUGCAUUUUUUUAUUAAAAAUUAAGUAAAAUGUAAUAAGAGGUUGUGCAAUUUAUUUUCCAAGAUAUCAU